AUGCUUCCUGCAGUAGUUGGCUCCCUCCCACCGGUUACCAACUACAUCGAAUCUACCGCACAGGUCGUAGACACGGAACCACGCUCAAUAACGGUCGUAGAGAAUCAGGAAAAUGUAAACCUUCACUGUCGGAUAGGCCGUCCGGCACAGCUUUGCGUCAUCCGAAUCCCGGGAGUAAAUGAUCAGUUUACGCUUGAUCCCAACAUAAAGUCUCCUGUACCUGGAUUGUCCUACGCAGGCGAAGGUUUGGACAAAGGUUCGUGCGGAAUCCAUAUCGACCGUGUCACUGCUGAAAAUGCCGGCUUCAUGAACUGUACCCUAUUCGUCGAUGGACGCGGUUUGACCGGUGCCAUCGAGAUUGUGGUUGCAUUCCCACCGGAACAGCCCGCUAUUGAGGUCGUCUCGGGCAAUUUAAACAAUCUGGAGGUUAACAGUGAGCUCGCCUUCCGGUGCAUUUCGGCACGCGGCAAUCCAGCGGCUAAGUUGUCUUGGUUCUUGGAUCAGGAACCAAUUUACGAAGGUGUGAAAUUGGACAAACCGGAAGAGUACUUCGACGAGCGGUCCAACAAGCGAUACUUCACUGCCUCAUCCACACUGACCCGUUCGAUUCGGGCCGAAGACAAUGGUAAACGUUUAACUUGCCAGGCCGAACAUAUCGCCUACCAGGAAAGAUUUUCCCGUACCGAUCUUAUCAUGAACGUGAACUUCCAACCGCAAGCAUUGCCCGAUCAGGUCGUGUAUGGACUGCAGCUGGGACGUACGGCAACGGCCAGCAUGGUUAUCAAAGCAAACCCUUCGCCUCGAGUACUGUGGAACAUUGAUGGAAUUGAUUAUCACCAGGGUACCGAACAGGGACGAUAUGCCGUACCGAUUCCGGAAGCAUUGGGAAACAAUCACUACAACGUCUCGCUGACCAUUGCCGGUCUCACACUGGAAGAUCUGUCGAAAGUGUACGUGAUGCGAGCCUCGAACAACUUCGGCGUGGAAGACUACCGGCUAAGUCUGCGCUCGCAGGACGAAGUUUUCAGCGAAUCGAGCAGCUUCGGUACGGGUGAAAUUGUUGGUCUGGUGCUGGCGGUACUGAUCGUCCUGUUGGCUGUCGCCCUCAUCUUCAUCGCUCGUGCUACCGGUAGAUGGUGCUUCCGAGGCAAAAGUAGCUCGACUUCAACCAGUGCAGCAAAAAUAGGUGAAACCAGCGACACGGAAAGUGCCGAAGUGAAGCAACCAAUGACGAAGACGCAACGCCUGAAGAACAUUUUCGCCAAACGCAUGCAACGUGGAGCUGCCAGUGAGCUGCCUGAGGAAAACAUCACACCGGAUGUGGCGGUCGUGGACGAGCAGGACGCUAAACCGGCGGAUGGCGCUACCAAACCGGUCAAGGACGAACAAACGCUGGUGUACGCUGAGCUGGAGCUAAAACCGGCCGGUGGCGGUGAGAUAUCGUUCGUCAACAAGCCGGCCGCCAACAACGAAUCGACGGAGUAUGCCGAAAUCUUGUACGUGCAGCAGCAGGCCGGUAUCACCGGUACAGCUGGAGGCGAAACGAUGAACACCACCGCACAGCAGCAACCGCCACAGCAGCAACGUCACCAUUCGAGCGAAGAUAACCGACCAGUCAUCGACGUAAGCAUCCAGAAACCGAGCGCCAAAAGUGAUGGUGGCAGCAAGGGUACGGCCGGGGGCAAAUAA